AAUCUGCAGAUCAACCUAGUUCCAUCCAUGAGCAGAUUUAAUCCCGCAUUUAGAAAGUUAAAUAUUUCCCUCUUGCAGCAGAGAUGUCCAGGUUAAGGCCCACGUCCAGGAUAAGCCAAACCUUACCAUGGCUUCUUAUCACCUUAACCAUCGGGAGAGUUGGGACAAACCCUUUACUUAAUAAUGAAAAUAUCCAAAUCCAUCCUCGCCAAAACACACCCACAAACGGGGUAGAAGAUGCCAUCUCCGCCAUCGGAAACUCCGAAGGUGCCGCCGAAACACUAGGAAACGUGGCCAUCUUACUUACCAACAUUUUAAAAGGCUUCGCCGACAUUCCCGUUAAAGCUAUUAGCGCCGUUUUAAAUCAAACCAAAGCCACAGCAACUCCCGCCGCCGCGCCCGCCGCCACCAUCGCCGUUAUCCAACCACAGCAGCAACAACCACCCCCAUUUCUACAACCGCAGUACCAACCGCAACCUCAAUUUCAACAACAGCAACAACAAGCACAAAGUCUGGAGCAGCAGUAUUUACAACAAUUACAGCAACAACAGCAACAGCAAUAUUUGCAACAGAUGUACCAGCAGUACCAACAACAACAGCAACAGCCAAUUGUGGUGGUUGCGCAACCACCCGCCCCACAACCGGCGCCGGUACAAACAACGACCACAAUUCGACCCUCGACCGAGACCACGGGCGAGGCUGAAGAUGGCGAAGGCGAUGAUGAUGUGUAAUUAAUUAGUAUGGAGCAUUAUCGUUGUUCAGAUAAUUUUGAUCAUGUGUAUGCAUGUUCUCAUGGUACAAUAAAAUAAAAAUAGAUUUGACGCCUUAGUCCUAAUCUCUUAAAAUCGA